AUGUUCGGCAAGAAAAUCUCCGUAAUUUUGUUCUUGAUUUUAGGUUUAUAUGCCAUCGAAUUUGUGAAAGUUAGUCUCGCGCGCGACGACGACGAUAGUGACGUUGACAAUGACGAUGACGGUAACGAUAACGAUGACAAUGAUGACAAUGAUGCCAAUGAUGAUCCCGCAGAUGAAGAAUCUGAAGUUGAUUCGGGUUCAGAAGGUGAAGAGGAGUUAGAUCCAGAGCCACAAGAAGACAGAGAUGAUGAUGAUGAUGAUGAUGAUGCUGAUGAUGAUGGCGACGUUGAAGAUGAUUAG